AGAGUGCUUUGACUAUUAGUUUCCCAUAUUUGUAAUUAAUUGAAUUUAGUUUCAUUUUACUUGGCAAUCAUGUCACAAGAAUCAGUAUCUUUUGAUAAACUAAUUGCUAUUAUUGGCGAUGAGGAUACUUGUGUUGGCUUCCUGCUUGGCGGCAUUGGAGAAGCAAACAAGAGUAUGGAGUCCAACUUUAUGGUUGUUGAAAGAGAUACUACAGCCGAGGAGAUUGAAGCUUGCUUUAAGCGUUUUUUUGGCCGUUCGGAUAUUGGCAUUAUAUUGAUUAAUCAAAUAUAUGCGGAUAUGAUACGUAAAACUAUCGAUGCCCAUACAAUGGCCAUACCAACUGUAUUGGAAAUACCAUCAAAACAACAUCCUUAUGAUCCUAGCAAGGAUUCCAUUUUAAAAUUAGUAAAUGAAAGUGUAUCUAUGCGAUUAACUAAGUGCUUGUGUUAUUUGAUUCUGUACUUGCCUAGGGCAUCUUUAACUCACCUGCCAGGAAAAAGUAAGGCAUUAACUUUUCGUAAAUGUAAAUUAAAAAUUUAUAUGAAUUUUUGUGGGAUUUGUGUAUAGUUUACUAUACAAAAUAACUCAUGCAACUUUUCAACUUUGGCGUUUUAAGGAAAUUGCCAAAAAAAAAAAAUAAAAUAAAAU